AUGAAUGAGGAGCAAUAUGGUUGGAAUGUCAAACCUGGCGACGAUCGCAACAUAAAUAAUGGCAGUGGACCCGGCAGCGAUGGAGGAUUUUCUGGGGGGAGUGGUGGAGGUAAUUUCCAUGCUGAUAAUGCUAGCACAAUUUCUUCGCAUUUUAUUGGAGGAACCACGACAGGUGGAGGCGGUAUUCCGCCUCCGGAAUACGCUCCACCUCCUAUGGCACCGCAGCAAAUCCCUCCUGGAUAUGGGCAUAGUCCAAUUCCAAAUGUGCAUCCCGUUGUAAAUGCUAAUUCACCAAUUUAUCCACAACAUCAACAACACUUUGAUCAUUCACAUUAUGAACACGUUUAUGAAACAGUACCUCCUGUUGGUCUACAGGAUGCUGACGAAGACUUUCUUCUUCCAAAAUUUCCGGAGCCGCCAAAAGGCAUUCCUUCACCUUUUCUUGGCAAUGGGGAAACAAAACAAAUGCCUCCUACGACGAAAAAUGGUGCUGGUGGCAGUGGUAAUCCUAACGAUGAUUUGGAUUUUGAUGCACUUGCUCGAAGAUUUGAAGAACUUAAGAAGCGUAUUUAA